AUGUGCAGGCAUGAGUCAAAGUUUAUCCAAAUAAUUGUUCAAGAGAUUGUGAGUAAAUUGGAUUUCAUGGUCUUAAGUGUUACCCCCUAUCAAACUGGAAUAGAUUCUCAUGUAAAAGACAUUAAUCUAUGGUUCCAAUGUGGGUUGAACAAUGUCAAUGUAAUGGUGAUCCGUGGGAUGGGUGGAAUAGGGAAGACAACCAUUGCAAAAAUUGUUUAUAACCAAAACUUCAACAAAUUUGAAGGUAGCAGUUUUCUUGCAAAUAUCAGAGAAACUGCAAAACAACCUAAUGGUUUGGUUUGUUUGCAGAGACAACUUGUUUCAGAUAUUCUGAAGUGGAAUAAGGAAAGAAUUUACUGUGUUGCUAAGGGAAUCAAUAAGAUUAAAGAUGCUAUGUGCUGUAAAAGAGUUCUAGUUGUUCUUGAUGAUGUUGAUGAUUUGGACCAAGUAAAUGCAUUAUUGGGGAUGCGAGAUUGGCUUUAUCCAGGAAGUAAGAUUAUGAUAACUACUAGACAUGUGCAAUUGCUAAAGGCUGAUGAAGUGUACAAGUCGUAUGUGGUUAAGGAAUUGAAUGAUGAUGAAGCACUCUGUCUCUUCAGUCGGCAUGCCUUUGGACAAGACAAACCUAUUGAAGCUUACAUGGAGCACUCAAAAAUGGUAAUGCACCACUGUGGUGGCCUUCCGCUAGCUCUGGAAGUCUUGGGCUCUUCUCUGUCUGGUGAAACUAUUGAUGUAUGGGAAAGUGCAUUAGCAAAAUUAAGAACACAUUUUCCCGAGAAAAUUCAUAAUGUGCUUAAAAUAAGUUAUGAUUCUUUAGAUGAUCAUGAGAAAAAUUUAUUCCUUGAUAUUGCUUGUUUCUUUGUUGGACAGGACAAAGAUUACACAGUUAAAAUACUAGAGGAAUGUGAUUUCUCCAUAACAAUUGGUAUUCAAAAUCUCGUUCAUAGAGGUCUCAUAGAAGUUAAUAAAGAUAACAACAAGCUGAUAAUGCACUAA